AUGAAACCUUUUUCAGACUCCCAUCGCAAGAUGUGGCUCUCGAGGAGUCUGCUCACCUGUCUGGUGAUCAUGGUAGGCUCGGUAACUGCCGAAGAGGCGGAAUCCUGCUCUGCAUCGGACCGAGAAGCUAUCACGGCCCUCGAGGCCCGGUCCUAUGGCACCAGCGCUGGCUCUAGUUGCGGCUGUCGCAUUCUGAACACACUGUUUGCAGGAAAGGUCCUCUUCCCCGGAUCAUCAGCGUAUAAGGCGGAAACAACGCACUACUGGGACCUUCGAGCGAACCAGGCGCCGAAAUGCGUCUUCGUUCCCACCACGGUCCAAGAUGUUGCCAAAGGUGUCUUUACUCUGCAAACCUGCAAGUCCCAAUUUGCCGUUCGCGGUGCCGGCCACAUGCCAGUUCCUGGUGCGGCCAAUACUGACGGAGGAGUUCUGAUAGCGAUGAGUGCUUUCAGGGACCUCAAACUAUCUGCCGAUUUGAGAACCCUUGAAGCUGGCCCAGCUCUGAGCUGGUUCGACUUGUAUUCUUACCUGGAGCCGUACAAGAAAUUCGUCGUCGGAGGUCGACUGAAGAGUAUCGGAGUAGCCGGCUUGACCCUCGGCGGCGGGAUAAACUACUUCACUGCCCGGUACGGCUUUGCAAUGGACAACGUCGUAGCCUACCAAGUCGUGCUCGCAGGCGGACGGGUAGUGAUCGCCAGUGCAACCCGAAACACCGACUUGUUCUGGGCAUUGAAGGGUGGCGGCAAUAAUUUUGGAAUCGUGACCAGGUUUACCUUCAAGACGCACGACCUUCCCAGCGUCAGUACGACGAUCCAGUUGUUCGGAGAAGAAGCCGUGACCCCAUACAUCCGUGCCGUUGCCGACCUAGCCAACUACCAGGACCAGGUCGACACGGGCGCCGGUGGGAUCUUCACUAUCAUGACCAGUCCAGCGACCGGCGUAUCUAUACAGUUCUUGGGCGUACAAGAUGGCAACACCGAACGGCCCGCCGUUUUUGCUAAUUUCACGGCGAUACCUAAUCUCUUCUCCACGUUCGGGGUCACAACGCUGUCCAAUUGGUCUUCGACGCUCGAUACGCCCUAUCAAGCAGCCAGAAACAUGUUUGGGAUGCGCGUCUGCUUAGCCGAUGAGGAGACCAUGCAAAGCAUGUACACCACGUUCCGAGCCGCGACGGCGGACAUGGCGGGCAUCGCCGGGUUCUCAGCGAACCUCGUCUUCCAGCCGAUCCCCAAGAGUGCCACCACCGUAGCCCGCACUAACGGGAUUGGCAACCCGUGGGCACUCGACAACCGCAAAGCCUACAUAUUCUGGCUCAUCACCACCCUCUGGAGCAACGCCGCCGACGACCGAACCGUCAAGCAAUGGUCCAACGAACUGCGCGAGCGCAUCCACGCCGCCAACGUGCGGCGAGGCACCGGGGAGCGGCACAUCUACAUGGGCGACGCGUCCGAUGCCCAGGAUCCCUUUGGAAGUCUCCCUCCGGCCAGCCAGGCGAGGCUGAAGUCCAUCCGCAAUCGAUACGAUCCGCAGCGGGUCUUUACGAAGCAGGUGACGGGUGGAUUUAAACUGUAG